GUAUGUAUUCAGUGUUGGUUAUUUGAAACAUUUAUUGUAUUAUGCCAUUAUUUAGAGUUAAUAGUUUUAAGUUAUUUUUUAUACCUAAUUAUGUUAUGAUUAAGCAAGUGUGUAUUGCUUUAUUACUUAUUUUGUAUCAAUUUUCUGGUUAAAAGUAUUGUUAACUGUUUUUUGGUUGAAUAUGAAGUAUAAAUAAAUGUGUCUGUGAUGAUUUAUAGUCCACAACUGGAUAGACAAUUUUAUAAGUAAAUAGCAGUAAAUUUUAGUUAAAAACCGUGGUAAAAAUGUUAAAAUCCGUCCAUUUUGAAAUUGUGCCAUACUGCCAUUGUACUUUAAUUAGUUUAAUAAGACUGUAUUGCUUUAAAUCACUUAUUUUACAUUAUAUUUGAAUCUAUGUUAAAUAUAUACAAUAAAAUAUUUUAUUAACAUUAAUUUACAAUGAAUUUUAUGAAUGAAAGUAUUUUAUUAAUAUAAAAAUUAUUAUGGUCGGCAAACCCAAAAACAGUGUAAAAAUGAUUUGUAAAUAUUUUUAUAACUGUCAAAUAGUGUUAUGAACAUCAUAGUUCACAAUGUUAAGAAGUAAAUUGUAACUGUUCAUAUGGUUUGGUGAUUUGAAUAAUUGGAUGUUACAAUUAGCUGGAAAUGUACAACAAUGUAUCUCAUUUAUGCAUUGACGUCUUGGCAGAGGAGUUCUGUUUUUUAAAAUUAUAAUAUAAUUUUCGAAUACAUAAUUUAAUUUAUUUUUUAUGAAAUAAAUACUAAAGAAAUUACAAGAAUAUAUAAUGCAAUUGUUAUUAAAAAUAUGUGUCUUAUCAAUUAUCCUCAAAUGUACAGUCAGCGAACUUCAAUGUGUGUCUUCGAAUAGAAACGUAGAUAAAUGUCAAGAUUGGAAAAAAAUGUCUGUACUCGUGGCCGACCUAGUAGGUCGAUCAAUUGUCAAUGAUAAAGUCGAAACAAAAUCUAACAUGUUAACGCUGUUGAUUCGUGCGGCGUCGGGUGUUAUCGGACAAGGCACCAGUGCUCUAAAAACUCUUAUAGUAAACGGAUUGGUACUUCUGACGAAAACUAUUUUAACUGUUUCUGAUUACGGAACAGCCAAUUACAGAGGUGCUAGCCAAAAGACUAAGAUCUUUCCCAAUGGCCGUCCGAUCGACUGGAUCAUGAAUAAUCCAUAUAUAAAAUCGAUGAUGGACGAUGCAACCGACGAAACGUUACCAGACCUAUUGAUCGAACAGUUGCCGUCGGGCAUGUCGUGUGUUCAGAUGCUGCUUUGUCGCUUGUCGCCAAUCAUACACUACAUGCAGCGCCGGGUUAAGGAGAGUAGUCGCAAUCCGACCCACGAGUGGGUGGCAUGGAAUGUGUCCGACUGGCAGCAAGUCAAAGGGAACGCGAAGCAUUGCUCGAAAAAACAUUAUGACUGCGCGAAAAUGAUUAAACUCAAUUCGUCCCGGUGAUGCAAAUAGUAUGAUAUCAACAAACGUGAUCUUGCUUACAUUUCUGUUCGAAAUUCGGUUUUCAUUUAGCAUAAAUAUUAUUUAUCAUAUUUUAAUAAAAUAUUAAAUUAUUCUAUAUUGGGUGGGUGUAGGUACUUAUAAGUCCCUACUAUUAAAUAUAAUAAAUGAUAAUAAUAUAUAGCGGCGCAUUUUGAGGGGAGUGGGCAAUUACUUUGGAGUUUAGCUAGAACAUUUUUAAUUGAUUAAUUAUAAAAUAAUAUUGAGAUAGCAGGUAAAAGCUUUAUAAAUUAUAAAUCAUAUUUCCAGGGAGGUAGCCAAUAUGGUGACAAAAAUCGUCUUAAAUUGUAAAGCCUUUGUAGGCUCUUAUUGUUAUAGGGAAGUGAAUAAAUGUAUACACAAUCAUUAAUAUGACAUUGUGUAGGUGUUGCUUAGUGUAUAUUCUAUUUAUUUAUUAAGUACCUUUAGUUUCCUACACGUAAGAAUAAUAUAAUUAUUAACAAGUGUGUCAAUAGAACGUGUUGUUGCCUAUAUAGCUAAAUUAGCAGUUAGGUAACGGGCUUCUGUAGGUACUCAUAUAGUUUUUGAAUUAGCUAAAUUAUAAUUGUUACCUAUUGUACUAUAAUAUUAAGCGAGUAUCUACAUGCAUUUAUCAAAGCCUUCACGUAAGUGUUUGUGGGAACAGUAUACGAGCAUAUAAUGAUAAUUUAUUUACAAAGAUAUCCAAUAAAUGAAAAACAAUUGUAAUAUGAAUCUAUUACACACUUGCUACUUCAUUUAAAUUUUAAAAUAAUUUAGGUAUCUUUAAAUCUUUUCUAUGUCUUUGUUUUUGUUUGUGAUAUAUGUUACGGGCGCAAGUUUAAGAUAGUUAUUUUCUCCUGUCUAUGUACUUACUCUCUACAUCCAAAUUAACUGAAGAAUUUAUAUAGGUAUACAUUCUAUAUAUUAUUUAUAAAACAAAAUUCUUAGGCCGACAUCGCUCCGCCACCCGCCCAUCCCCAAUGUAUUUGUCCGAUUGAUUUGAAAAUUUUUUUUUUGUAUAUUAUUUAUUUUAAGAAUAAUACAUGC